AUGGCAGAAAAGGCGACCAGACCAAGGAGCGGACUUCAACCCGGAGUGGCACAGCGGCACGAGCGUCGGCACGCCGGAUCCAAGGACACAGACAAUAGAGAUCAGACUGAGUGCGACGCCCACAGAGCGGCGCAGCAGCGCCCAACGAGCGCCCAGCGAGCGGCGUCAGUGCACCACCAGCGGCACCCACGUGUUUAUCAGGAGCGCCCAACGAUCAGCGCCGCCGCUCACCAGCCGCGCUCACCGAGCGCCAUCAGGAGCGCCAAUCAGCCGCGCCCACAGAGCGCAAAACCGUGCCAUGAACAGUACCAACGGCACCCACAGCAGUGUCAGCCGAGCGCCAUCAGGAGCGCCAACCUCAGCAGCGCACACCGAGCGGCUUCCGCGCCCUCAGUAGCGUUCAGCGCCCAUCAGCAGCGCCCAUCGAGCGGCGUUAGUGCCCAACAGGCGCCCUCAGCAGCGCCAACCGAGCGCCAAUCACCGCGCCCACAGCAGCGCCCAGCCGCGCCCUCAGCAGCGCCAACCGCGCCGGAUACGUGGUCACUAGCCACGCUACGAGCGCCACCAGGAGCGCGCAACGAGCGGCCACCGCGCCCUCAGCAACGUCCACCGCGCCGCCAGCAGCGCCGUCCACGGGGCAACGGGAGCGCCAGCCGCAACCACAUCGGUCAGCCACUGCCGCACGUCAGCAGUACCUGCCGUGCGCCCCUGGUAGCGCCCAGCGCCCAGUCACGCCACUAG